AUGCCAGUUUCUUCGGAUCUCAUCGAACGGACGCACUAUAAACGCAGAUCAUCGUUUGUCCAAGAGCAACGAAAUCGACAAAUGCUUGAACCACCUCAGAAUAUAGGCGCCACUGCUUGUGAUGAGAAGCAGAGGGUGCAUCCUCCUAGACGGAAAUCUGCAAGUGUCUGUGUUUCAAUGAUUCCGAUGAGACCUGAAAUUCCCAGUGUGUCGAACGAGUUCCCCGGUCCGGCAACAAUUCACAGAAGUGUUGGGAAAUCUCGCUUUAUCGUAGAAAGAAACUCGCAGCCACUUAAUCUGCAGGAAUUUCAGAAUGUUCGACUACGUGGCCUGUCCACCUCAGAGAUAUUCCAUGAGCCACCAAAAAUGUAUGUGUAUCGAGAGCGUCCGCACACAUUUUUCCACAACAAGCAAAAGAAGCAAUUCUCCCUAGUGGAUUUCGUCAAAAAGCGAAAACAUACGAUAUGUGCAUGGACAUUCGGGAUAAUAGUAGUGUUGACGUUGGCUGAUGACUUCCCGUGGAUAUCAAGCGGACCUGGAAGAAGGAAGGAAAAGUGUCGUUCUUCUUCCUUCACAAACGGAAGAAUCAAAGUUGUAUGA